AAUGCUGCUUUUAAAACCACAAUAGCGAAACGCCGUAGAUCAGUCCGGCAAUAUAACAUCAAAAUACUGUCCUGUAUCUGAGCAUUUUUAUCAAAAUGAGUGCCGAUAUAGACAGCCAUAUAACGAAGAAAUAUGAAAUCAAGAAACGGCUUGGCAAAGGAGCCUACGGGAUUGUCUGGAAAGCGAUUGAUCGAAGGACUGGAGAAGUUGUUGCCGUCAAGAAAAUUUUCGACGCGUUUAGGAAUCAAACAGAUGCCCAGAGAACUUUCAGGGAGAUUUGCUUUUUACAGGAGUUUGGGGACCAUGAAAAUGUUGUCAAACUCAUGAAUGUCAUUAAAGCUGACAACGAUAAAGAUAUCUACCUAGUCUUCGAGUAUAUGGAUACUGACCUCCACAAUGUCAUUAAGAGGGGAAAUAUACUCAAAGACAUUCACAAACGCUAUAUCAUGUACCAGCUAUUAAAAGCAACUAAAUUUAUUCACUCUGGAAAUGUAAUCCAUAGGGAUUUGAAGCCUAGUAACCUGCUAUUAGACUCAGAAUGUUUUGCCAAGAUAUGUGAUUUUGGUUUAGCUCGCUCUGUUUCCAAUAUCACACAAGAAGCAGGUGAUCCAAGCCUAACUGAUUAUGUCGCAACAAGAUGGUACAGAGCUCCGGAAAUCCUCUUAGCUUCACCCAGAUACACAAAAGGUGUAGACAUGUGGUCCAUUGGAUGCAUACUUGGAGAGCUAUUAUUAGGAAAGCCACUUUUUCCUGGAUCUUCUACAUUGAACCAGAUAGAGAAGAUAAUGACGUCUAUCGCACCACCCAGCCGACAAGAUGUAGACAGCAUCAAGUCUCAUUAUAGCACCUCAGUACUUGACAGAAUGGCCUGCAAGCCCAAGCGAAGCUUGGCAGAUGUCCUGAACACUGCUCCUUCUGAUGCUAUAGAUCUAUUAAACAAACUGCUACAGUUCAAUCCAGACAAGAGGCUGACGGCUGAGGAGGCCUUGUCACAUCCUUAUGUCGCAAGAUUCCAUAAUCCAGAGGAGGAACCUGCAUUAGACUGUGACAUAGUUCCACCCUUAGAUGACGACGUACAGCUUAGUGUUGAGGAAUACAGGGUCAAGUUAUAUGAGAGUAUCAUCCAAAAGAAAACAAACAUCAGAAGACAAAGAAGAGAAAUCUUGAAGCAGGAACUUCGAGAGAAACGACAAGUGCAACAACUUCCUCCAGCACCACAACCAACGGCUAAUCCUGAAAAGGCAGAGGAACCCCAGCCAUUGAAACCAUUAGACAAUUAUACUAGUGCAGCUGCUGCUGUCCCAAGUACACCCCCCAAACAAGACCCUAGGAGUACUGUAGCAUUUGGAAGGACAACUAAGUCUUCCCCUGUCCAAAAGUCACCAUCAAGAGUUGGUCAUGUCAGACGGUACAGCUUGGAGAAUGACCAGGUUAUCUGCAGCACUAAACAAGUUGCUGGUAGAGCCAGACCCAUCUCCACGCAAAUCAAACCUCGUAACACUGUCAUUACCCGGACAAACAGUGCAGACAGACUGCACGUGACGAGUGCACGCAUGGUACCAGCUCAAAGACCAUCGUCGGCCAAACCACCUUAUAGACCAGGCAGAAAACCUAUUGCCAGCACUGUCGCAAGCCGCCCACCUUUUAAUAGUUACACCCAAACGCAUGGGACGAUUUCAAAGAGCUCACUUAAUGCACUUCACAAUGAAAUUUUCUAGACUUUGAAAGUAUCAAGAAUAAUUUAUAGAUCUCUAUUGAAAUUCCUGCUUUAUUGUCCCUGAUUAUAACUUACAUAGUAAAUUUAUCCACGUAUUGUACAUAGCAUGCAAUUUGUUUAGGAUAGAAUACUUGACAGCCUUAUAAAAAUCCAUGUAAGCCUGGCCAAUAUAAGGCCCAUGAUAAGCCUGAAUUCACAUGUUAGCCCAAGUUUCACCUACGUGUUGUGUAGAAAUUACAAAUCGGGCUAAAUGUCAUGUAAAAUAUCUUUUUACGAAGAAUAUUUAAAGUUUUUCUAACAACUAGAACGGUAACAGGGAGCUCUUCGCACACGUUAUCGUUAGAUGUUUUAUGAUCGUAUUUUAUUGUUUUGCUAGAAUAGCAUACAUGCGCAUCUUUUUCGAUCAGUGGUAAUUUUUUACCAAUAAGAAAUCAUUAUCAAUAGUAUUUUACCAUUCUUUUCGUGACACAAGAUUCUUAUGGGAAUAAUUAGAAUAUAACGACAAAAUUCGUUUUUUACAUCACACCUCCUAGUUUAGUGAUAUCGUCAUAUUUUCUGACAACAUUUCUCUCACUUAGAAAAACUGAGAUUGAAAGUAGAAGUAUUGAAUAAACCAAACAUUAUUUCUCUUGACAUUUGUGCAGACUGCAAACAAUGACACAAAACUAUUACUUUGAAAUAAAUUGAAUAUUUUAA